AUGACAGCGUGUCGGCCGUGAGCAGCAUGGACAUUGACGACCGCAUCUCCUACCUGGAGCAGCGCAUGCAACUGCAGGACGACGAGAUCCAGGUGCUGAAGGCCGCUCUGGCCGAUGUGGUGCGGCGGCUGGCCUUCGCUGAGGAGCAGCACGCCUUGUUCAACAAGCGCGGGCCCACCAGGGCUCGACUUUUCAUGCAAGCUUUGCCGUCCAAACCCAGCCUGAGUAACGGGACAGCAACGCCUCCAAAACGAAACAACGCCAUACCUCAGUCACCAUCCUCGCCCCGGAAGGAACCAGCGUCUAAAAGCAAACCCAAGGAAUCUGUCUUCAGUGCUGAAGAUGGCUACGUGAAGAUGUUUCUACGUGGGCGUCCCGUCACCAUGCACAUGCCCCAAGCGCUGAUGGCAUCCUACAAGCUCCAGGCCACCAGUGAACUACCAGCCCACAAGCUGAAGAUGGAAUGGGUGUACGGGUACCGUGGGCGCGACUGUCGUUCCAACCUGUAUCUCCUGCCGACCGGAGAGAUUGUUUACUUCAUUGCAUCGGUGGUGGUGCUGUACAACGUUGAGGAGCAGCAACAACGUCACUAUCUUGGGCAUAACGAUGAUGUAAAAUGCCUCGCGGUUCACCCUGAUAGAGUCACCAUGGCGACUGGGCAGGUGACAGGAACCACGAAAGAUGGAAAGCAACUCCCACCGCACGUGCGAGUCUGGGAUUCCGUCAGCCUCAACACUUUGCACGUGAUUGGAUCUGGGUUCUUUGACCGAGGCAUUUCGUGCGUUUCCUUCUCCAAAUCGAAUGGGGGGUCGCAUCUGUGUGCCGUGGAUGACUCCAACGAACAUGUCCUCUCUGUGUGGGACUGGCAGAAAGAGGCAAAGCUGGCAGAGGUCAAGUGUUCCAAUGAGUCCGUGCUGGCCGUGAACUUCCACCCAACCGAAGCCAAUCUCAUCGUUACUUGUGGAAAAUCACAUAUUUUCUUUUGGACGAUGGAAGGCAACACUCUGUCCAAGAGGCAGGGCAUUUAUGAGAAACAAGAAAAACCCAAGUACGUUCUGUGUUUGGCUUUCUCCGAGAACGGGGAUGUGAUCACGGGAGACUCCAGCGGCAACCUGGUUAUCUGGGGAAAAGGAACAAACCGGAUCAGCUCUGCUGUGCAGGGGGCUCACGAUGGAGGUGUAUUCAGUCUCUGCGUACUGAACGAUGGCACCCUGGUGUCGGGAGGAGGGAAGGAUCGGAAAGUCAUCCUCUGGGACAGGCACUACCACAAGGUCCAGGAGACAGAGGUCCCGGAAGCCUUUGGGCCAGUCCGAACGAUCGCAGAAGGGAAAAAUGAUGGUCUGUUCAUCGGAACGACACGGAACUGCAUUCUCCAAGGCACCUUGAGUGGAGGAUACUGCCCCAUUGUACAGGGUCAUACGGACGAACUGUGGGGAUUGGCAGCUCACCCGAGCGAGGACAGGUUUGUAACAUGUGGACACGACAAGCUCGUUCAUUACUGGGACCCGUCCUCACACCAGCCCGUUUGGACCAAGUGCCUGGACCUUGUCGGAAAAAAGGUGCAUUGCCACCUUGCUCCCUCUGGUGAAAAACUGACAUCUCUUUUCUGUCUCAGGUGGAUGGUUUUCGAUGUCGAGACGAAGGAUCUUGUCACCGUUCACACCGACGGAAAUGAGAAGCUGUCGGUGAUGUGCUAUUCACCAGACGGCAAUUUCCUGGCCAUUGGAUCACACGAUAACUAUGUUUACAUCUACGGUGUGGCGGAGAACGGCAGGAAGUACAGCCGUGUGGGCAGAUGCUCGGGGCACUCGAGUUUUAUAACUCACCUGGACUGGUCUACGGACAGCCGUUAUAUAGUCACCAACUCCGGAGACUAUGAAGUUCUGUACUGGACCCCCAACUGCAAGCAGGUGCCGAGUGCGGACGUGGUGCGGGAUGUGGAGUGGGCCACCUCCACCUGCGGGCUCACCUUCCAGGUGUUCGGCAUUUGGCCGGAGGGAGCUGACGGGACGGAUGUAAACGGCAUCUGUCGGUCCCCUGACAGCCGACUCCUCGCUACAGCUGAUGAUUUUGGAAAAGUCAACCUGUUUUCAUAUCCCUGCUCGCAACCUCGGGCACCAAGUUACAAGUACAGCGGGCACAGCAGCCACGUGACCAACGUUACCUUUCUCCACGACAGCGGCAGUCUCAUCUCCAUCGGAGGGAAGGACACCAGUGUCAUUCAGUGGAGCGUUCUGUAGAUCACAGCACUUUAUCUAGAGGUGCAUUCCAGCCGUGCUAGUCGGGAGGUGCUACGAAACUUUCAGCGUGUGUCCAUUCUUGGGACAUUUGCCUCAAAAGUUGCAUUUUGCUAUUUCCUUUUUACAGGGAGGAUGUGGGGCGUUUAUGGUGCCUCGUGUUAAUUGUCAAUAUCUGCACUGAACUCUUCCAAAGGAGAUCUGUUCCUUUGGAUAGAGUCACUCACUAGACUUGAGGACAUUCCCAACGCAUCCUUCAAUUCCAUCCUCAAACUCUCCCUCUCUCCCUCGCGCUCUGCAGUUUGCCUCUGUUGCAGUUCCCUCUUGCUGGAAUCGUGCAUGUGCGACACAAGUCUGGGAUAGUAUAGUCGCUGUGGGGGGAAUGGCUCCCCGGCUCGCUUUGAAAUUCGAAGAGGGAGUUUUUUUUUCCAAUUUGGGAGGUGGGCUGAAAAAGUAGGGAGGUUGGAGGUGUAAUGGAAGAGGAGUAAGGAAUGGGAGUCCAUUGGUGUCCAACACAUUCCUGAUAUUGAUGGAAGGAACUGCAGAUGCUGGUUUGCAAGAAGGCCACAAAGUGGUGGAAUAACUUAACAUCUCUGGAGGUCGUGGAUAGACGACUUUUCGAGUCGGGACCCUUCAGACCGAAAUGCUGUCUAUCCAUUUCCAUCUACAAGGAAAUGGACAGAAGACGUUUCAGUCUGAAGAAGGGCCCCAGCCUCAAACGUUGUCUAUCCAUGUCCGCACAAGGUCAUAAGGGAUAGGAGCAGAAUUAGGCCAUUCGUCCCAUCAAGUCUACUCCGCCAUUCAAUCAUGGCUGAUCUAUCUCUCCCUCCUAACCCCAUUCGCCUAUCUUCUCCCCAUAACCUCUGACACCCGCACUAAUCAAGAAUCUAUCUAUCUCUGCCUUGACAAAUAUCCACUGAUGGCCUCCACAGCCGUCUGUGGCAAUGAAUUCCACAGAUUCACCACCCUCUGACUGGAGAAAUUUCUCCUCAUCUCCUUCCUAAAAGAAUGUCCUUUAGUUCUGAGGCUGUGACCUCUGGUCCUCCAGAGAUGCUGCCUGACCCUCAUAGUUACUCCAGUACUUGGUGACCUUCUCAACCUGGGAAGGUCCAUUCCACUUUGAACCGGGAAGUUUAAAACAAAAUCUUGCACCACAUGAAAGCCACCCAAUUGGAUAAUUUUGGAGGAGACAGGAUAUCCACUGCCUUUUCAUUCCUUUUUGAUUCCCUUCCAAAUCUGAAUUAUGAUGCACUGGUUCAUUGUGGUGAGAAUGGAAUUGCUGUGAAUCUUUUAUUCCUCCUCCUACUGAGAAAGGCAGGGUUUGCAGCAACUCUCUUGGUGUUGGUUAACUUGUUGGGGAUUUUAGUCUGAGCCUUGAAACUUUACCAGUCCGUUCCCGUGCUAGAACCAUCAAAGAGCCAGAGGCAAGGUGGAGGGUGAAUUGGAAGCAUUAGAUGCCUUGGCUUGAGUCCCAAUCACAAAUUGUUCUGAAGUAAAACACAGCCAGGACUGCCUUCCACACUUUGUGCGAUUUUUUAAAAAAAUGACGUGGACUUUUUACUCGAUUCCCACAAAGUGAUAGAUUGUAAUCAUUGUGUUUAAGUGGGGAAAGAUUGUGGUUUGAGAAUUUUUUAAAUUAGAAUUCUUUUUGCGUUCUUGGUUUAUCUCUGGGGUAUUGCAUAAAUGUUGGACUCUGUGAGAUACUAUUCUCUAAUCUCCCUGAUGGCUGACCUUAUAUGUCCUUUCUUUUAGCUUUGUAGGUGGGUGGCUCUUGGGGUAUUUUUUUUUGAAGUGUGGCCUGACCUGACACACUAAAUCUCUGGGCGUUUCAUUUACUGGUUUCCCACAAGCUCAGACCCACAGUGUCACAGCUGCAAGUUGGGUAUGACUGAUGCAAUGUGAGCUGGCAUGGUUGAGACAGGAGAGGAGACGCAAGGAACUGCAGAUGUUGAGGACCUUGUGGGGAACACAAAUUGCUGGAGUAACUCAGCGGGUCAGCCAGCAUGAGAGCACGAGUUGGCGACAUUUUGGGUUAACCUGCCACCUACCAGCACCCUUCUGCAACACUAGCACCAACCCUGGUUGGGUCAGAAGUUGGAGACUGGGAUAGGGAGAAAUGUGAUAUUGGCUGUCCAUCACAUAAAUUGCAAACCAUUUGGUUGAUUUCCUCAGGUAGACAAAAAUGCUGGAGAAACUCAGCAGGUGAGGCAACAUCUGUGGAGCGAAGGAAAUAGGCGACGUUUCGGGUCGAGACCCUUCUUCGGAUUUUCUCAUACCCAUUAAAACAGGCUGAUUGAAACUCUCAAGCCAACGAGAGAUGGGCAGGAGAGAUGUCCAUGCUUGUUACAUCUUUGUAUUGAGACACUGCAAUGCAGGUGGAUGAUUGAGGCCAGCAAGUUGCGUUGCGUUGAAUAUUUUCAACAUCUGGCGGCAGAGGCAAGUGCUACAGAGGAGGGGGAAAUUGUUAAUCCCAAACCCUCAGCCAAUCACUAUCUUCCCGCAACUUCCUGUAGCUUUGACUUCUCGGCAAAGUUCCACAACUCAAUGAUGAGAUUGAACACGUCGUGGCCUUCUGAUGCAAUGACCUAUAACGGGCAGUGGUAUUUUAAUUGAAUUUCCCAAUUCUCUGAAACAGGUUGUGAAAAGGGGAAAUUUUCAAUCUCGCAUUUUUUGUUUUCUCAAAGGUCUAAAAACAAAAGUUUACAGUGCGGGAUGAGGUCACGUUGGGGUUGGGUCCAAAUUCCAACACUGACCCGAUACCCAGCUCUCUCUCCUUGUUGCCUGAAACUUUCUUUGCUUCAGGAAGUCAAAGUAUAUACAGUACCUGGCACAAUGUGAGCAGUCUGUCUUUCAAAAUACUCCCUAUUUUCACCCCCCCCUGGGUGAGUUUAUAACUUGGAAAAAAAAAACCCAAGUAGUUUGAGCAGUUUUGAUUUUGUUUUCCACUUUUGUUUUGCAAAGAAAAAAGAUUUAAGAAAUAUGUUUCUUGAUUGAACAUGCAGAAAUUUAUUUGAUUCAUUCAGAUGUAAAUGUGUGUAUUUUCUCAGGUGAGAUUUAUAAGAUAUUUUGUGUUAUGUUAAGAAUAGAUAUUGAUACUGAACACCUUCAUCUGCUACUUCAGCGAAUUGACUUUCUGCUUGUGUGCUAACAGAUAAAAUAAUUAAAUACA